AUGGUGCUCCUGUCCAAGCCAGUACUUGAACAGUUCUCGUUUGUAAAAAACAGCAAAUCUACCACAUUUUUUUCUGGAAUCCCUCUAAUAGACCUCUCAAAACCUGACUCCAAGCACCUCCUGGUUAAGGCCUGUGAGGAAUUUGGAUUUUUCAAGGUAAUCAACCAUGGAGUGCCUAUGGAAUUCAUUUCCAAGCUGGAAUCUGAAGCUGUCAAGUUCUUCUCAUUACCGUUUUCUGAGAAAGAAAAAGCAGGCCCUCCUAAUCCCUUUGGCUAUGGUAACAAAAGCAUUGGACAAAACGGUGAUGUGGGCUGGGUAGAAUACCUUCUCUUAACCACUAAUCAAGAAUCAAUUUCUCAGAGGUUCUCUACAGUUUUUGGUGACAACCCAGGAAAGUUUCGGUGUGCUUUAAAUGAUUAUGUAUCAGCUGUGAAGAAAAUGGCAUGUGAGAUUCUUGAAAUGAUGGCUGACGGUCUAAAGAUUCAACAAAGAAAUGUAUUCAGUAAACUUUUGAUGGAUGAACAGAGUGACUCUGUUUUUAGGCUAAAUCACUACCCUCUAUGCCCAGAAAUUCAAGCAUUGAAUGACCAAAACAUGAUUGGAUUUGGAGAACACACAGACCCACAAAUCAUUUCUGUGUUAAGAUCCAACAACACUUCUGGCCUUCAAAUCUCUGUCAAUGAUGGAAGCUGGAUUUCAGUUCCACCUGACCAGAACUCAUUUUUCAUUAAUGUUGGUGACUCGUUACAGGUUAUGACUAAUGGGAGGUUUAGAAGCGUAAGGCACAGGGUUUUGACCAACAGCAUGAAAGCUAGAGUUUCAAUGAUUUAUUUUGGUGGACCACCUUUGAGUGAGAAAAUAGCUCCAUUGCCGUCACUCAUGAAAGGAAAGGAAAGCUUGUACAAAGAAUUUACAUGGUUUGAGUACAAAAGAUCUGCUUACAACUCGAGAUUGGCGAAUAAUAGGCUUGUCCCCUUUGAGAGAAUAGCAGCCUCAUAA